AUGUCAGUGUUAUCUUUGCACCGUGUUGUGAAGCAAGCAAUCAAGGCCACUGCCCUGGCAGAAAUGCUAGGAGACCUCAUGAAGGACAACCUCGUCAAAGUUCAACAAUCGAAGUAUACAUAUGCAUAUACACGAAAAUUCGAGGUUCGAGGUGGUAUCUUUAUGGGAAGCAUUCGCUCCCUUCGGAGUCAGAGAUACCAUGAAUAUGGUCAAUAA